AUGACUUAUCUUGUGUCUUUAUUUCUUUUUGGGUUGGUUUUAGGGCUUGUGGCUGUUGCUUCUAACCCUGCCCCAUACUUUGCUGCUUUGGGGUUGGUUGUAGCGGCAGGCGUGGGAUGUGGGGUUCUGGUUGGUCAUGGGGGGUCUUUCUUAUCAUUGGUAUUAUUUUUGAUUUAUUUAGGAGGGAUGCUCGUAGUGUUCGCUUAUUCAGCGGCUUUGGCUGCUGAGCCCUUUCCUGAGUCUUGGGGGGAUCGUUCGGUUUUAGGGUAUGUAGUGGUAUAUACAGUGGGGGUGGUGUUGGUAGCGGGUUGGUUUUGGGGUGGAUGGUAUGAAACCUCGUGGGUGGUGGUAGAUGAAUUUAAGGAGUUUUCUGUUUUGCGGGGUGAUACCAGUGGCGUGGCUCUAAUAUACUCUUACGGCGGUGGGAUGUUAAUUGCAUGCGCGUGGGUGCUUCUAUUAACACUUUUUGUGGUGUUGGAGUUAACUCGGGGGCUAAGUCGAGGGGCGCUUCGAGCAGUUUAG